ACAUUCUUUCUUAAAUUCUGUCUCAUACCUAUAUACUAAGUCAUAAAAAAAGUAAAAGAUUGUAAACGUAUGUCUACCAUAUAUCCUGAUAUAAGCAACUUAUUUGACGAACAAAUACCUUCUCCCGACUCAAAUUCUUUCUCAAAUUCUACUACUUCUAAUUCUAAUAACAUGUCAUUAUCAACUGAAAUAGCUGAAAAACUUCUUAUAAGAUUCGAUGGUAUAAAAUCAAAAUUAUACGAAUUCAUAGAUAAUUGUGAUAAAUCUUACAAUCUAGUAAAUCCACAAUCCAAAGCAAUUUUAUUAGCCAUUAUAGAAACUAAAUUAACUGAUAAAGCUAGGGCCAUAACUAGAAACCGAACAUUUGAUGAAUGGAAAGAUUUAAAAGACUUCUUAUUAGAUGCUUAUUCUGAACGCCGAACGGAAGGUCAGUGGCAAUGGGAAUUACAUUCCUUACGUCAGAUGCCCAGUGAAAAUGUAAUGUCAUUUUCAAAUAAGGUUGAGAACUGUUAUAUAAAAUUAAUAAAUACACUUGAUCCAAAUUUAUCUCCAGAUGCAAGAAAUGCUUGUACUAAACUUUUAAAAAAUCAAGCACUAAAUGUCUUUAUCCGAGGAUUAAACAAAUACCUCUCUAUUCUUUUCAAAGCCCGAAAUCCAGAUUCCUUAGAAAAAGCUGUUGCUGUAGCAGUUGCCGAAGAACAGGAACAGUUGUUAUCAAGGCAAGAAAUUUUUAGACCAUUUUGUAAUAUUUGUAAACGAAAUAACCAUUCCUCAAACAACUGUCGAUAUAAAAACAAUUCAGAUAGAAAUAUUAGGCAUUUUCAAAAUUCUAGUUUUCAAAAUCCAAAAUAUCCUAAUACAAAUCUUCAAAAACCAAAUUUUCAAAAUCGAAAUUAUAAACCCUCAAAUUCAAAUUCAAAUUCCGAUUUUCCUCCAAACUUAAGAAAAGAUUAUAUCAACACUUCCCCACGUUUUUGUAGAUACUGCAAAAACCCAGGUCAUGUUAUAGAAGAAUGUAGAAAACGCGAAUUUAAUAAUAAAAACAAAAUAUCCAACAAAUCCUUUAAACUUACAGAGUCCUCGACAAGCAGCGGUCGAUUCUCGAGGAGUUCGUUCAGUUCAGGCCGUAUCGCAACCAUCAACUUCUCAGUCACUUCCUAUGUAGAUUUACCCAUAGUAAAUAAUAAUUGUAAUCAACUCUUUUGCAAGUUUCUAAUCGAUACAGGUGCAGAUAUUUCUUUAAUUAAAUAUUCAAAAAUACUAGAUCUUCCAAAAAUUUAUUCCGAAUCUCUUACUCUACGAGGUAUUGAUAAAAAUGUCUUAAAUCCAAAUAAAACUGUAUGUAGUUGUAACGUAAAUUUCAAGGUUAAAGAUUUUGUCCAAAGUCAUGUUUUCUAUGUCGUAGAAGACGAUUUUCCUCUUCAUUUUGACGGUAUACUAGGUAGCGAUUGUUUUGAAAUAAAUAAAUGUCAAAUUGAUUAUAAAGAAAACAAACUAAACUUUGAAAAUUGUUCUAUUCCAAUUGAAUAUAUAAAAUUUCCAUAAAAUAACAAUGACGAAAUUCUGAGAGAUCAAAAUAUCGAGACAAAUUAUAAUACUGAUGAAAUAAUUACUUAUGACUCUAAAUCCACAGAAGAUCAUUCUUAUUUAGAAACCUCAAAUGAUAUCCAAAUAACCUUAAGUAGUAGUAGUCCAAUUCAAUCUAACUCUGAAAUCAGAGAAAAUUCAAGUGUAAAUGUGAAAAAUCAAAUGAGAAUGAGAUAUGCACAAAUAAAAUUUCUAGCUCUUCACUAAAUUAUAAAUCAAAAUUCUAUUCAGACUUUCAGUCCAAGAAGACUCAUACAUUCGAACAAAGCUCAAAUUCUAACUCAAAAAGUAAUAAAAUUAUUCUAGCUCCCAGAACUGAAGCAAUUUGGGUGAUAAAGUAGCGAUCAACAGGUAGCCAAAACGCGUUCCAAGAUUGCGGCUGUAAUUUUGAAUAUUUUUUCGAGAUA